UGUGGCUUACAUGACCAGUUGUUUAGGGGUCAUAAUGUUCUUGGAAAGGAACAUGAAAAUAAAUGGUCUGUAUCCAAAGAGAAAGACAGCACAUCACAGAAAUUGAAAGUGGACUCCAGUAGACCUCAACCAGGUAAUAAGGACCCCUCAAAGAAUCGUGUGUUGAACAAAAUUGCAGCUAUUGAGCAGCGAGUUUCUAAGACUUCUAAAGCAGUAGAAAUGCCUGCCAAGAAACCUUCCCAGGGUCAGGAGACCAUCAGGCCAAGCAGGGACGCCUCCACAGCUGGUGCACAAGGACACGUAUCCAGCGACAAUGUGUCUGGUAGGAGGGCAGGCUGGAAUGAUGACAAGAAAAAUCCAAUGAGAGAAGGCACAUUCACGACGGAUGCUGAGAAAGACCAGUCAGAAUUAUUUAAAGACGAACUUCGAAAUCAGUUGAACAACCGAGAACGUCAUCCGCAGCAGUUGGAGAAAGAAAGGGUGAGGAAAGAGGAGCGAGAGAAACGUCGUCUAGAAGAGCAGCGAAUGAGCGACCUAGAGCGUCGUCUGCAGCAGUUGGAGGUUGAACGGGUUAGGAAUGAGAAAGAGCAAGAGAACCGUCGUCUGGAGGAGCAGCGAGUGCGAAUGCAGCUUGAGUAUGAGGAGGAGAAGAAGAAGAUUAAGGCUAGAGAGGAGGAGUUGAACAACCGAGAACGUCAUCUAGAAGAGCAGCGAGUGAGUAUGCAGCUCGAGUAUGAAGAGGCACAGAAGAAGAUUAAGGCUAGAGAGGCAGAGGUACUAAAGCGUCAAGCAGACGAAAUGAAGAAGGAAGCAGAACAGAAGCGGCGAGAAGCAGAUGACGAGAAAUUGAGAAAGCAGCAGGAACAGAAAGAGCAAGAGAACCGUCGUCUGGAGGAGCAGCGAGUGCGAAUGCAGCUUGAGUAUGAGGAGGAGAAGAAGAAGAUUAAGGCUAGAGAGGAGGAGUUGAACAACCGAGAACGUCAUCUGCAGCAGUUGGAGAAAGAACGGGUGAGGAAAGAGGAGCGAGAGAAACGUCGUCUAGAAGAGCAGCGAGUGAGUAUGCAGCUCGAGUAUGAAGAGGCACAGAAGAAGAUUAAGGCUAGAGAGGCAGAGGUACUAAAGCGUCAAGCAGACGAAAUGAAGAAGGAAGCAGAACAGAAGCGGCGAGAAGCAGAUGACGAGAAAUUGAGAAAGCAUCAGGAACAGAUAGAGCGGAAAAGAAGGGAGCGGGAACAGGGCCUCAAACCAUAUACUGCAUCCAGUGAGGGGGCAAGCUGGAAUCCAGCAGGCAACCUGCAUUCCAGGGAGUCCACAGAGAAACAAGACUACCAUAAUGAGAAACCUGAGUGGUUAAAACUGCAGUCCACAAGGUCUGUGCAGGGGAAUCCAGACAAGGUAUUCACUGUCCAGUGGAAGUCUACCCACAAUGUGUCCAUACCAAGUGAUUCAGACAUAUGCUCUUUCACAGCCAUCUGUGUCCUCCCAGAUGGAAAGGUCCUGGUUGCAGACCACAGUAAUAAGAAAGUCAAGCUGCUGGACCAGCAGUACCAGGUGUUUAGUCACUGUGGUGUGACUAACAGAGUACUGGACAUGUGUCUCAUCACACCCAGUGAGGUUGCAGUGGCUGUGUAUGGUGAUAGUAAAAAACAUGAGGUCCAGUUUAUCACAGUCACACAGAGCAAGCUAGUUUCUGGCAGGAAGUUUCGGUUACAACAUGAAUGUAGUGGUAUUGCGCACUACCAGGGUGACCUGUUUAUCUGCUCUGGUGAAGCACUGUUCAAGUACACACUGAGUGGCAAACAGGUCUGCAGACUUUAUGAGAAUCAAUCAGAUGAAUUGACAGGGAUGGCACACUCCUGGCUACAUACUCAGACCCAGCACUAUGGCGCCCAUCUGGUCUACAUGUGA